AGGAGGGCGGAGCCAGGGAAGGUGAGUGGCAGAAUCACUACACCUGACGGUAAUUAACCUGUGUUUGUGUGUCUUCCCAGUAACCGCACCCUAUUUAAGGAGGCAGAGGGAAAGCAGAGGAGAGCUCUUCCCGGGACAAGAACACAGCGUGUGUGUGUGUGUAUUUACCUGAAUAGAACCGUUGUUAUAUUGAAAAGUCUGGCAAUAAAAGCCUAUUCUUACCUGAAGCUUUGUCCUGCCGUCCUCUGUGCGCCACCCACACCUCAGAGAGCUCUACAGUGGUGCCAAAACCCGGGAGAAAGGUGGAGCACCAACCCAGCAGCCCCAUGGAAUCCUCCCCAUUCACGGACCUGGUCCACGCCCUCGCCACGGCUCAGCAAAGCCAGCACCAGGCGCUCGUCAUGCUCUGAAAGGAACAAAAGCGGGGCUUCGAAGCCCUGGUGCUGGCCCAGCAGGAAGAUCGCGAGGCGUUCCGGCAUCUCCUCGCGUCGGCGGGGUCCACCAGCGCCCCGGCUGCGGGCCCGUCUCCCCUCACCAUGACCAAGAUGGGCCCGCAGGACGACCCCGAGGCGUUCCUCGCAUUGUUCGAACAGGUCGCCGAAGCCUCGGGGUGGCCGAUGGAGCAGCGCGCGGCGCGCCUCCUCCCCCUCCUGACGGGAGAGGCGCAGCUGGCCGCGCUACAGCUCCCCGCCGACCACCGGCUGGCCUACGCGGACCUUCGCCGGGCCGUCCUCCAGCGCGUGGGGCGCACACCAGAACAACAGCGCCAGCGCUUCCGCGCGCUGCGGUUGGAGGAAGUCGGCCGGCCGUUCGCGUUCGGCCAGCAGCUCCGGGACGCCUGCUGGCGGUGGCUGAGGGCCGACAAUUGCGACGCCGAGGGAAUCAUCGAUCAGGUGGUGCUGGAGCAGUUCAUCGCCCGCUUACCAGCCGGAACCACGGAGUGGGUCCAGUGCCACCGCCCGGCGUCGCUGGAUCAGGCAGUAGGACUGGCGGAGGAUCAUUUGGCGGCUGUUCCGGCGGCAGGACAGCCGACGACGUCUUCUCUUCUCUCCUCUUCUCUCUGUCCCCUCCCUUCUGUGUCCCGUCCUCGCCCCAUUCCCCCACCACGGAGACGGGGGCUGGCUCCACCCCAGCCGGCCCGCCGCACCCGUGGUGCCCUCCCGUUUCUCCCUUCUGUGUCUGUCUCUCCCCCCCCUCAGGUGAGUGAGCCCCAGAGCACCGGUGCAAAGGGAAGGCCCGGGCCGGUUUGCUGGCGCUGCAGGGAGCCGGGCCACCUGCAACAACAGUGCGCAGCAAUGGAGGUGGGCGCGGUGGUACGGAUCCCCGACGCGCCAGAAGCUGCCCUCGAUCGGGCCGGAGCGUAUCACAUACCGACCGGCGCGUCGGACAGAGGGCUGGAGGUGGUGUUGUCCCAGGAGGUGGAGGGGGAGGACCGCCCCAUCCUGUACAUUAGCAGGAAGCUGUCAGUGCGUGAGGGGCGCUACAGCACGAUUGAGAAAGAAUGCCUGGCGAUCAAGUGGGCGGUCCUCGCCCUCCGUUACUACCUGCUGGGGCGCCCUUUCACCCUCUGUUCGGACCACGCGCCCCUCCAGUGGCUCCACCGCAUGAAAGAUGCCAACGCGCAGAUCACCCGUUGGUAUCUGGCACUCCAACUCUUCAAUUUCAAGGUGGUCCACAGGCCGGGGGCGCAGAUGGUCGUGGCGGACUUCCUCUCCCGUCGGGGGGGGUGUCGGCUGCGGGCCGGACGGCCGCCCGGCCUGAAUCGGGCGGUAGCCCUGCCCAAAACCUCAGCAGCCCGCCUUCUCGUCUCCUGGCCAUAA